UAAAGGACUCCCGUUGCUUGUACUGUGUCCUGCUCUCACACUCCCUCCAUACACCCCACAUCCUGUGCUUCCUUCCUUCCAUUGGAUACGUUAAGUCUGCAAACCUUGCUCCCUGCGUACAAAGACAAAGCUCCAGAUAAACUCUGCCUGAGAGUGAAGGAUAAAGGGAACGAGGAAUGCCAUCCGUGAUGGAGAAAUCCAUUGGCUCCACUGCAAUCAUCUCCCGCAACAGAGCAAAAUCGGACAGUCUGGCCAGCAAUUCGGAAGAGGACAGCAGCGAGGACGAGACUCCCAGGGACAGCAUGAUACGAGUGGGUUCUGACUACCAGGCUCAAAUUCCACAAUGUAAACCAGAGUACUCUCCUGCGCUAAGUAACGCAGAAAUGAAGGGAAUGCUUGUCUGGUCACCAAAUCAUAUUGUGUCUGAUGCAAAGUUGGAUGAAUAUAUUACUAUGGCAAAGGAGAAACAUGGAUACAACGUGGAGCAGGCUCUGGGGAUGCUACUUUGGCACAAACAUGACAUAGAACGGUCCCUCGCUGAUCUAGCAAAUUUUACACCGUUUCCUGAUGAGUGGAGUGUAGAAGACAAGGUGCUGUUUGAGCAGGCAUUUAGCUUCCAUGGGAAAUGCUUUCAGCGUAUACAACAAAUGCUUCCAGAUAAACUAAUCCCCAGCCUAGUGAAGUAUUAUUACUCUUGGAAGAAAACACGAAGCCGAACCAGUGUGAUGGACAGACAAGCCCGUCGUCUACAGAGCAAGAGGGAUGAGGGUAAUGAUGAAGGUGAUGAACCACACAAGACAACAAGUGAUGCCGAGCAAGAUACAGCAGAGACGAAGAAAGAGGUUUUGGACCCCCAAAAAUCGGCAGCAGGGGGUGGAAAGCCCGGUCCUGUGAGGAAGGAUCCUUUGGUCUCUCAGUACAGACAUCACCCCCUGCGUUCACGUCGCCGCCCCCCCAAAGGCAUGUACCUCAGCAAAAGUGACAUUGCCAGUGUGUGUGCCACUCCAGAAAUGCCAGCACUCACUCUGUGCCAUCUGGAUAACCAACUCAUUUCACUGAAGUGCCAGGUGCAGAACAUUAAACAAAUGAAUAGUAGUUUGAAGCAAAGCCUUGAUGGAGGAAUUGGUGAGAUGAAACCUCCAGAGUUGAAUGUUAAACUGAAUUCUCGCUGGACCACAGAUGAACAGCUGCUGGCUGUGCAAGCUGUUAGAAAAUAUGGCAAAGAUUUCCAGGCCAUCGCAGAGGUUCUGGGCAAUAAAACUCCAUCCCAGGUGAAGACUUUCUUUAUAAGUUACCGGAGACGCUUUAACCUAGAAGAAGUACUGCAAGAGUGGGAGGCUGAGCAGGAACUUACUGCACCUGCUACAUCCUCUGAUGCCACUAGCAAAACUGGUAGUUCUUCUCAGACAGCUAGUGAGGAAGAUGACGAGGUACAGAUCACAUCUGUUUCAUCAUCUUGCCAGACAAUGCCACCAGCUGCCACACUCUCCCUUCCUCCUCCCCUCCUCCGUCCAGCAUUGCCCUCGGCUCCCACGCUGCACCGCCAGCCCCCUCCACUUCAGCCAGGGCGUUUGCUCCAACCACGCCCACCACCACUUGUUCGUCCUGCACCCAGGCAGAGCCCUCGUGCUCCUCCAGCCUUAGUGGGGAAUCACGCAGAGCCUGCUUUCUCUUGAGGACCUGAUUCAUCACGCCACUGUGGCUAACUGGGGGGUAUUUAUGUGUGGUUGCACGGAAAAUUGUAUUUAAUAACUCAAGAAUUAAGUGCACAGCAAAGCAGAUCAUCUCCAAGGUUCCAUAUAAAGCUGUAUGUGAGAAACCAUAAAUGGUUUGCAGUAGAUCAUGAGUUUGGGUAAAUGCAAAAUGGUGAAAACUUUUCCAUUUGUGGAAUUAAUUUAUUUGGGAGGACAGAUGUAACUAACUAGGGUGCUGCCGAACUGCUCCAUAAGAUUGAAUUUCUUCAUCCAACAUGAUAAAUCCUCUGUUUUGCAACUUGAAUUACCUUUGCAAGAAGAAGUGCUCAUGACAAAGGACAGUGCAGAAACAAAUAAAUUGUUACUAUGUAAUUUCAGACUGUGAAAACACUGAGUGUUUUCUAGAUUUACCAGUCCUUGCUUAUGAUAGCUGCUGCUUCCCAUCAUUGAUUUAGGAUGUAGAAGUGUGUGUGUUUUGAAAAGGGCAAUUAGCUAAACGGGGGAAAUGUGUUUGGGGAUGUGGAGGAAUUGUACUUAAGACUGUCUUAGAAAAAUGUUGCCAUAUCUUUUUAAAAUCUUUAUCUGUAUAAAAUGCUCUGUGUUCUUCCCUACUGAACAUGAUAUUCUGAUUUGCACAUAAAUCCUCUCUGUCAAGAACCUGAGGAUGUCAGGGAGAAGGUGGCAUUUUGAAAGUUUCUUGGCAACAUUAGUUUAAUGGUUUCUGGAGGCACACUCCUUCAUGAUGUAGUGACUUUUAACUUUAUUAGUUCUAAAAUAAAAAACAUUUUUCUAA